CAUUCGUAAAAAUAAUCCAGAUAAGGGCCCGUAUCCCUUUCGUAGAAAGAGUAAACAUGGCCGAGGAGAAGGACAAUUCUUACACGAUAUUAGAGUAUAUGCGCGACCACAGUGGCUAUAAGUGUGGCUAUUGUAAAUCCCAAAAUACAAAUUUCAGUCAUGGGAUGUGGGCCCAUCAGAUAACAGUAGGCGACUAUCAGGACUUGAUUGACCGGGGAUGGCGACGGAGUGGCAAAUACUGUUAUAAGCCUACUAUGGACAAAACAUGUUGCCCGAUGUAUACAAUCAAAUGUGAUGCAGUGGAGCUCAAGUUGAGUAAGACUCAGAAGAAAGUUCUAAAGCGGAUGCAUCGUUAUCUAAGUCAUGGGGAAAUAAAGAAAGGAAGUGGCCCAGACAGCACUUUCGAUAAUGUAGAAAGCUCAGAAGAUUUAGGAGGUAAUCAAGAAUUUAUCAAGCCUCAGUAUGAUACCAAAGAAGAUCUCUCAGGUGUAUCCCUUCAAAUGCCAUGUGAGGAUGCAGCCAAGA